UCCCUCACCUUCCCCUCUCGCAUCCAACUCCGCCAUGGAUCCUUCAUCUCGGUCUCUAUAUAAACCCCCUCUGCCUCCAAGAUUACUCAAACACGGAGCAAAGCCAAGAACUCACAAGUCACAACAACAUCGCACGAUUCGCUCUUGAACUCUCGUAGUUGUUUUUAGUUGGUUUGCUGUAAUCGUAGUGAUGGCGCCGGAGCGGAGGCGGUCGGGGCUGGCGGCGGCGGCGGACGCGGCGUCGUGGUGCUGCGGGCUGGCGCUGGUGACGCUGCUGCUGGUGUCGUCGCUGCGCGCGGGCGAGGGGGAAGAGAGCGGCGGCGGGGCGGUGGUGGUGCGCGGCGCGCGGAUCGCGUCGGCGCCGCGGCGGCCGUGCGACGAGAUAUACGUGGUGGUGGAGGGGGAGACGCUGCACAGCAUCAGCGACAGGUGCGGCGACCCCUACAUCCUGGAGCACAACCCGCACGUCCACGACCCCGACGACGUCUUCCCGGGCCUCGUCAUCAAGAUCACGCCGCGCGCCGCCGCUGACAGCCGCAGGUGAACGCCGCGCUGACGACGCAGCUUCCUCGCCGUCUUCAGCGCUGUGCGGCGCUCGUAUGAUCGUAUCCUCCUGGAUGGAUGCGACUCGCGGACAAGAAUUUGUUUCGAGCUGUAGCCAAGUGAAAUGGUCGUUUCUGGUACGAUUGAGAGAGAAAAAUGGAUCGUUUCUGGCUGCGAAUAGAAAUAAAAUGUUGCUCGCGGAAGAUCUCCUUUUCA